AUGGACGACAACACGUUUGUGAACCCAAUUGCCCAGUGCGAGAUCUCUGGACCUGCAUUUACAGAAGACAAUGUUUUCAGUGCGAAACGGUGCUACUGGGGUUCUUCCAAUCUGAAUAACAUAACGGAAAGAAUGUGUGCAUUUGAAAAGGACAUGAGAUUGGCAAGAGUAGAAUACUUCCCAUACCGUUUGUCAGACACGUCAAAAGACCUGCUGUCCCCUUCUACUGCCCAGUUCGACACUGACGGUGCCUACGGAGGAAAGAUAGAUGGAGUAGUCGCUGUCUCACAGUCUGUUGUCAUUCGAAGAUCCAUAUACAUUGAGGAAGGCGGGUCUUUAACAAUUCAACCUGGUGUGACCCUUCAGUUUCCACUCAACACAGGAAUCUACGCCAAAGGAAUUCUCAGCGUCGGCAGCCUUGAUGGAGAAAAGGCAAGACUUGUUCCCGAAUCUACGACUUGGCGCGGAGUUUACAUCAAACGCUGUAAGUAUGGGAAUCUUAUUCUGUGGAUGUAA